GGUCCAGUUGCAGACACUUGCUGUAGACAGCUCCUUCUCGGUGGGUCAACAUGAACGCUCUGACUGUAGUAUCCUUUGCGGCCUUCGUCGCCAGCGGCUGUGCCUCCUUCCUCGGGCACGCGGGAGUCUAUGGUGGGCACAGCCUGAAUGGCGUCCUCCCGGGCGCCUAUGGGCAUCUCCCUCAUAUCGCUAAGGUUGUGCCUGCGACCUACAAUGCUCUGCCCUAUGGCCCUGUGUCCUACAGCGUCUCUCCUUACACCUCUGUCGCCCCCAUCCAGUCCCAGUACCACGCCCAGGACGAGAUCGGCCAGUACUCCUUCGGUUACGCCGGCGGCCCCUCUUCCCGAUCCGAGUCUCGUGAUGCGUAUGGUGUUGUCCGUGGCUCCUACAACUACGUGGACUCUGAGGGAAAGGUUCAGACUCAGCACUACGUGGCUGACGCCCUCGGAUUCCGUGUGUCCGGCACCAACCUGCCAGUGGCUCCCGACGCCCCAGUAGUCGCCCCAGUGGCCGUCCUUCCCGGUCCCCUUCCCGAACCCGUCCAGGACACUCCUGAGGUAGCUGCCGCCAAGGUCGCCCAUCAGCAAGCCUACGACGAAGCCGCCGCCGCCGCCGCUGCCGCUCCCGACAACGACCACGACUACCGCAAGAAGCGCUCCGUCCUUGCGGCUCCCGGCCUCGGCGUCUACUCUCCUCUCCGCUUCUCCUACGGCUUCACUGCUCCCCUCCACUACGGCCACCACGCAGCCUAUGGCUCUCCUCUCUACCACGGCGCCGCCCAUCCCGCCGUCUACAACGCUGAGCUCCUCCGAGUGGUAAACAACCCCGGCCACGCUGUCUCCUACCGUGUGCACUAAAGACCGCUGUCCCUCGCAACCCCCCUGUGUGCUGUAAAACUCCAAGACAUACGGGCAGGUCGAAACAACUGUGAUUAACUCUUGUUUUCAACCCAAUUCCGUUGAGUGUCUUGAGCUGACGGCAUUCAGGUUGGUGGCCUUUUCCCUUGCAGUAGAGAGCGUUUAUGAUGCAGGUCAACUCCGAACUGAAUUGUAGAUUUCUCUCCUUUGAUAAUCUGUGACCACCUUCAUGGUCGAAAGUUUCAGGAAAUAAAUCUGUAUUAUACACAAAAAAAUAAUAUCUAUUAAUCCUAUAUAUGAUUCAGUCCCGCUUACUU